ACGCAUGCGAAAGCCCUAGUACCUUUAUUUGAGCUAAACACUCCGUCUCGCUUCUCAUCACCCCAAAUCAUUCCUCCUUUUACAUUUUCUUAAACCCUAAACACAUCGCUGCGAAUCUUCGAGAGCUGUCAGAGAUGAGUUCCGACGAUGAGAGAGACGAGAAGGAGCUGGAUCUCACCUCUCCUGAAGUCGUCACCAAGUACAAGAGCGCCGCUGAGAUCGUCAACAAGGCGUUGCAGGUUGUUUUGGCUAAAUGCAAGCCAGGAGCUAAGAUUGUCGAUAUCUGCGAGAAAGGAGACGCCUUUAUCAUAAAGCAAACAGGAAACAUGUACAAGAAUGCCAAGAAGAAGAUUGAUCGAGGCGUCGCAUUUCCCACGUGCGUUUCUGUGAACAACGUCGUUGGUCAUUUCUCACCUCUUGCUGGUGAUGAGUCAGUGUUGGAAGAGGGUGACAUGGUCAAAAUUGAUAUGGGAUGUCAUAUUGAUGGGUUCAUUGCCCUUGUUGGCCACACGCAUGUUAUUCAAGAAGGACCCGUUACUGGACGCAAAGCUGAUGUUAUUGCUGCUGCGAAUACCGCCGCUGAAGUUGCUUUGAGACUCGUACGUCCUGGGAAGAAGAACCAUGCUGUCACUGAAGCUAUUCAGAAGGUGGCUGAUGCUUACGACUGCAAAAUUGUGGAAGGGGUUAUUUCCCACCAGAUGAAACAGAACGUGAUAGAUGGAAGCAAGAGUUUCCUAAGUGUAUCCACUCCAGAAACAAGAGUUGAUGAUACUGAGUUUGAAGAGAAUGAAGUGUAUGCAAUAGAUAUUGUGGCUAGCACCGGUGAUGGCAAGCCUAAGCUAUUAGACGAGAAGCAAACAACUAUUUACCGGAAAGAUGAGAGUAUUCACUAUCAGUUGAAGAUGAAGGCUUCCAGAUCCUUAAUAAGCGAGGUUAAAGAGAGAUUCCCCCACAUGCCAUUCACUUCAAGAUCAUUGGAGGAGAAAAGGGCACGACUUGGACUUGUGGAGUGUGUGAACCAUGGUCAUUUGCAACCAUAUCCUGUUCUUUAUGAGAAGGCUGGGGAUGUUGUUGCCCAGAUUAAAUUCACAGUUUUGCUGAUGCCAAAUGGAUCGGAUAAGAUCACUUCACACACACUUCAGGAGCUUCAACCUACGAAGACCAUUGAUGACCCUGAGAUCAAAGGAUGGUUAGCCUUGGGUAUCAAAAAGAAGAAGGGUGGUGGAAAGAAGAAGAAAGCCAAGAAGGCAGGAGAGGCCUCAACGGAGGCUGAGCCAAUGGAAGCAAGUAGCAAUGCUGAAGCAUGAGAUCUUUUUUUUUUUUUUUUUUUUUUUUUAAAA